UCUACGGCCAGAGUCAUUGUGAUUUGUAUUAUUUUGGACAGGAUUUGGCGCAUUUAAGUAUACAUUUUACAAGUUGAAACUUAUUGAUUUUCUUUAGCUAUCGAAGAAUAAAAUGGCUAUGCAAGCCGCUCAGUCUUCACAUACAGCUGCUGUCCAGGUAACUGAAGAAGAUAAUGAAGAAUAUGGACCACAACCAAUAGCCAAAUUAGAAGGUCAAGGAAUUACAAGUGGCGAUAUUAAAAAACUUCAAGAAGCCGGUUAUCAUACUAUGGAAUCCAUAGCUUUUGCCACAAAGAAACAUUUAAUUACAAUCAAAGGCAUAAGCGAAGCGAAAGCUGAUAAAAUUUUGGCAGAAGCGUCAAAAAUGGUUCCAAUUGGAUUUACUACUGCUACAGAAUUUCACCAGAAACGCUCAGAAAUAAUUCAGUUGACUACAGGAUCAAGAGAGUUAGACCGUUUGUUAGGUGGAGGUAUUGAAACAGGUUCAAUAACAGAAAUAUUUGGAGAGUUUAGAACUGGUAAAACUCAAUUAUGUCAUACGUUAGCUGUGACCUGUCAGCUACCUAUUGAUCAAAAUGGUGGUGAAGGAAAGUGCUUAUAUAUUGACACUGAAGGUACAUUUCGACCUGAAAGAUUACUUGCCGUGGCUGAGCGUUAUAAAUUGACUGGGAGUGAUGUUCUUGAUAAUGUAGCUUACGCAAGAGCUUAUAACUCAGAUCAGCAAACACAAUUGUUAAUGCAGGCUGGUGCUAUGAUGGUUGAAUCCAGGUAUGCAUUGUUAAUUGUAGACAGUUCUAUGGCUUUGUACAGAACUGAUUAUUCUGGCAGAGGAGAAUUAUCAGCAAGACAAAAUCACUUGGCCAGAUUUCUCAGAAUGUUGUUGCGUCUUGCCGAUGAAUUUGGAGUUGCUGUUGUAAUAACUAAUCAAGUAGUAGCUCAAGUCGAUGGAGCAUCAAUGUUUGCUGCUGAUCCUAAAAAACCUGUCGGAGGAAACAUAAUGGCACACGCAUCAACAACUAGACUGUAUUUACGCAAAGGUAGAGGAGAAACCAGGAUUUGCAAAAUCUAUGAUUCUCCUUGUCUACCAGAAUCAGAAGCGAUGUUUGCAAUAAAUGCAGAUGGUAUUGGCGAUGCCAAAGAAUAAUUAAUAUAGUUAAGUUUAAAUUUAGUUUUAAUUUUUAUUCAUGUUAAUAAGCAUAAGAUGUUUGAUCAGAAUCAUACUUGGCGACAUUUGAAUGAUAAGGAAUAAAUUAUUAUUCUUAAUAAUGACUGUUAUAUCUUGUAUAUAUGUAUAUUUUAUAACCAAGUAAAAUUUUAAUGUAUCUA